AGGCCCGCCCUCCGGGGCAGCAACCGGGACUGCGCUCCGCACUGCGACUGGGGCUCUGGGCUCUCCUGCCUCAGUUUCCCCAAGCCCCCGGUGAGACUCCACCGCCACCACCACCACCACCACGUCAGUAACGCAAACCUAGACUCUAGGACUCGGGGUAAACUGAGGCACUCGAACCGCGGAGGAACUCCGCCUCCCAAGAGACAUUUAAUCCCGGGGGAUUUACAAGAAACUUCUAAAUUAAGGGCAGCGGCUGCUCCAGCUGAGGAGGGGCACGCCAGUCCCCGCGCCAGGGCAGCUGCCCUGAGCUCACGCCCCGAAAUAGCCCUAGGGGCCCCAGCCGCAGCUGCCACCGGGCCCGGCUGUCAGUCAGAAGAAGCGCGGAGCCCCCAGCCCGAGGGUCCCCUCCCCGCUGUAGCGACAGGGUUUUUCCAGCCGAAGGUCGGCUGCUUUUUCCUCCGACGGCUGGCAAGAGGUGCGGGCAGAAGGAUGGGGGUGGGACCCCCAGGGGGGCGGACCCAAGGGGGUGGGCACAGGGGGCGGCCGCGCCCCCCGGCCGGGCAGUGCUUCUGCCCCUACAAGGUUUGGGCUGACGUGGGGGAGGGUCCUGGUUGCCGGCUCCGCCCGGUUCCUCCCAGCCUUUUAGGCGCCCGCGCUGCUGGGACAUCCCAGUCCCUCUCGGUCCUCUUCACCCGCCACCCGUGCGCCUAGUCCGCCUGGUUGUCACUGCCUGCCAGCCGGCCCACGCCCCACCGCAGCCAUGGACGCCAUCAAGAAGAAGAUGCAGAUGCUAAAGUUGGACAAGGAGAAUGCCAUCGAUCGUGCUGAGCAGGCCGAAGCAGACAAGAAGCAAGCUGAGGACCGCUGCAAGCAGCUGGAAGAGGAGCAGCAGGGCCUGCAGAAGAAGCUGAAGGGGACAGAGGAUGAGGUGGAAAAGUAUUCUGAAUCCGUGAAGGAUGCCCAGGAGAAACUGGAGCAAGCCGAGAAGAAGGCGACUGAUGCUGAGGCAGAAGUGGCCUCCCUGAACCGCCGCAUUCAGCUGGUAGAGGAGGAGCUGGACCGGGCGCAGGAGCGCCUGGCCACUGCCCUGCAGAAGCUGGAGGAGGCUGAGAAGGCCGCUGAUGAGAGCGAGAGAGGAAUGAAGGUCAUUGAGAACCGGGCCAUGAAGGACGAGGAAAAGAUGGAGUUGCAGGAGAUGCAGCUGAAGGAGGCCAAGCACAUCGCUGAGGAUUCAGACCGCAAAUACGAGGAGGUGGCCAGGAAGCUGGUGAUCCUGGAAGGAGAGCUGGAGCGCUCAGAAGAGAGAGCUGAGGUGGCUGAGAGCCGAGCAAGGCAGCUGGAGGAGGAACUUCGAACCAUGGACCAGGCCCUCAAGUCCCUGAUGGCCUCAGAGGAGGAGUAUUCCACCAAAGAGGAUAAAUAUGAAGAGGAGAUCAAACUGCUGGAGGAGAAGCUGAAGGAGGCUGAGACCCGAGCAGAGUUUGCUGAAAGGUCCGUGGCAAAGCUGGAGAAAACCAUUGAUGACCUAGAAGAGACCUUGGCCAGUGCCAAGGAGGAAAACGUGGAGAUUCACCAGACUCUGGACCAGACCCUGCUGGAACUCAACAACCUGUGAGGGCCGCCCUGCCCCACCAGGCUACAGUUGCCACCCCAACCCAAUAAAACUGAUGGUACCGGCGUCA